AUGGGUUGUGCUGCCAGCGUCCCAGAAAUGGACGAAAACGAUCCAUUUAUUCAAGAUAAGAAAAUCAAUGAUGCUAUAGAACAAAGAUUACGAACCAGCAAGCAAAACGAGAAGAACCAGGUCAAAUUGCUACUAUUAGGAGCUGGAGAAAGUGGAAAAUCUACGGUUUUGAAACAAAUGAAGUUAUUGCACAAAGGAGGAUUUACACAGCAGGAAAGAAUGCAAUAUUCACAGGUUAUAUGGGUAGAUGUGAUCCAAUCGAUGAAGAUAUUGAUUAUUCAUGCACGGAAGUUAGGGAUUCGAUUGGAGUGUGACCAGGACAAUAGUCCAUUGAUACCAUACAAGCAGAUAAUUUUGAGGGCAAAUGCAUUGGACCAAAUCGAUACUGGUGUUGCAGGAGGUACUAAUUUUUUAAAUGAUUACGUGCUAAAAUACAGUGAAGGGAAUAAGAACAAACGAAAAUUAAGUAGUACUGGUGUAGCGAGUCUGUCGUUCUGGGAUGACGAAACAAUCGAAUCCCCAAGAAGAAAAGAUUCCAAUGGGGUAGAACAAUUCAACAAUGGUUUGUCGGAAAUAUCGAUACACGGGAACAAGGGCCACGAUAAUUCGUUGAUGAAUUCGAGAAGAAAAAUUGCUGAUGCAAUUAGCAAGUUAUGGGAGUUGGAUUCAGGAAUUCAAAAUUGUUUCGAUAGGUCGAAUGAAUUCCAAUUAGAGUCGAGUGCUGUGUACUACUUCGAAUGUAUCCAUAAAUUUGCUGAUCCUAAUUAUUUAUGCAACGACAUGGAUAUUUUAAAGGGAAGAAUCAAAACUACUGGCAUCACCGAAACUAACUUCAACAUCAAUUCAUUUAAGUUCAAAGUUUUGGAUGCUGGUGGUCAACGCCUGGAGCGUAAGAAAUGGAUACACUGCUUUGAUAAUAUAACGGCAAUACUAUUUGUAUUAGCGAUUUCGGAGUAUGACCAAAUGCUAUUUGAAGACGAGAAAGUUAACAGAAUGCACGAGUCGAUCAUUUUGUUUGAUUCGUUGUGCAAUUCUAAAUGGUUCCUUAAUACUCCAUUUAUAUUAUUUUUGAACAAAAUUGAUCUCUUUGAAUCAAAGCUUUCAAAAUCUCCGUUGAGGAAAUAUUUCCCUGAUUAUACUGGAAAAGCAACUGAUUUGGAUGAAGCGGUUAAGUUUUUCGAAAAGAUUUUCUUAAAUUUGAAUGCUACAAAAAAACCCAUUUAUGUUCAUAGGACUUGUGCUACAGAUUCAAAAUCAAUGAAGUUUGUUUUAUCUGCGGUGACAGAUCUAAUCGUUCAACAGAAUUUGAUGAAGAGUGGCAUAAUCUAA